AUGAACUGCAGGCUUUUGAUUAAACUCAUACCUGAGAUGUGGUUGAUCUUCCUUCUGGAAAAUGUACUAUUAGAUGCAAAUGGGUUUACAAGAUUAAAACUCAUUCUGAUGGUUCCAUUGAGCAUUACAAAGCUCACCUUGUCGCCCGGGGAUUUACUCAAGAAUAUUGCCCGUGAUUCUGCCUUGUUUAUACGUAAGACGAAGCGUGGUACUAUUCUCCUUCUCCUCUAUGUGGAUGAUAUGAUUAUCACUAGAGAUGACACAAUGGUUGUUUCUAGUCUCAAACAAUUUCUCAAUCGCCAGUUUGAGAUGAACGAUUUGGGUUCGCUUAGCUAUUUCCUUGGCUUAGAAAUUUCUCAAGAUUCCUUUGGUUAUUUUCUUACCGAGGCCAAGUAUACUUCUGAUCUCUUGGUUCGUCCUAGCCUUACGGAUUGCAAGAGUGUCACUACUCUAGUUGAUCCUCAGACUCAUCUUACACCCCUUGACGGUUCCUUAUUAUCUGAUGCCACUUUAUAUCGCCAGCUAGUUGGCAGUCUUGUAUAUCUUACAGUUACUCAUUCAGAUAUUGCUUAUGCUAUUCACAUUGUCAGUCAAUUUAUGGUUGCUCAUCGCUCUCCACACUAUGCUGCUCUGGUUCGCAUUUUGCGCUAUCUCAAAGGAACUCUGUUUCAUGGUCUUCAUUACUUCCCUCACUCUUCUCUACAGUUGCAUGCAUUUUCUAAUGCCGAUUGGGUAAGGGAUCGUACUGAUUGUCGUUUCACUACUCGGUUCUACUUCUUCUUGGGCAACUCUCUCAUUUCCUGGUGUAGCAAGAAGCAAACCCUUGUUGCUCGUUCUAGUACCGAGGCUGAGUAUCAUGCCCUUGCUGACACUAUUUAA